UAAAUAUAUAAUUUAAAAUAAAAUGGGAGAAAAGAAAGUUGAUCGAUUCCUUUUCAAAAUGAGUGAUAAAGUUGGAGAAGGAUCUUAUGGAUAAGUAAUAAAAAUACUAAUAUUAAGGUAUUUAAAGGUGUAGAUGACAAGACAAAAGAUUUAGUUGCUAUAAAGAUGCUUUCAAAAUCAGUGAUUAAUGAGGAUGAGUAUUUGAGGGAUGGACUAAUGAAUGAAAUAAAAAUAAUGAGAGAUCUAUAAGGUAAUAAUGUUGUAAAACUGAUUGAUGUACUUGAAACAGCCAAUAAUUAUUACAUAGUCUAAGAAUUUUGUGAUGGGGGAGAUUUGCAACAGUAUAUGUUUAAUUAAACUUAGUCUUUUGAAAAAAAAGAAAUUUUUACCUUAAAAAGAAGCCAUGUAGCUUUUCAUAGAUGUACUUUUAGGCAUGAUAGAAUUGGUAAAAAAGGGAAUCAUCCAUAGAGAUUUGAAACCAGCCAACAUACUUAUUAACAAAGGCAUAUAUAAAAUAGCAGGUAUAUAUUAUGAGAAUUGUGAUUUAGAUUUUGGAUUUUCAAAAGCUUUAGAUAAUUUUUAAAAAUAAAUGAUUGUUUCUAAUGUGGGUACACCUCUUUAUUAGUCUCUCUAAUUAUUAAAGGCAGAUAAAUAUACAUCUAAGAGUGACAUUUGGUCUUUAGGCUUUAUAUUCUAUGAGGCUCUAUAUGGCUAGAGUAAUUAAAUGUAGAGAUAUGCUUCCUAGCUCCAUGGACAGCCAGAUCAAUUCCUGAAUUGGUGAAGAAUAUUAUGUCGUAGCCAUUGAAAUUUCCACAAGAUAAAAAUGUUGACCCUAUGAUUCAAGAUAUGAUUAAAGGUUGUCUAUAAUUAGAGGAAUCAGAUAGAUUAGGAUGGGAUCAAUUAUAUAGACAUUCUUGUUUUGGUUAGAGUUUUUCAUUUUAUACAAAUCAAGCUAAGUAAUUAGAAGAUAAGGCUAUGUAUUUGGUAUAAGAUUUGAGAUUUAAAGUUAUGAAAGAUAAAAUUGAUUUAGAAAAAGUAUUUCAUAAAUAUGAUAAAUCAGGAGACAAAUCACUUGAUAUGAAAGAGUAUUAUAUAUUCUAUUAUUAGAUUAACAUUAUUAUUACAUGAAAUAGAUCCUUAGUUAGAAAGAGAAGAAAUUGAAUAUAUUUUUAACAAAAUUGAUUUAGAUGGAAGUAAUUCAAUUGAAUUGAAUGAAUUUAAAAAAUGGUUAGAAGAGAAUUAAGUGUAAAUGUCAAUGAAAACCUAAUCUAAAUAGAAUAAUUUAAUAAGAAAAGGAACAGUAGAAAUGCCAAAAAUUAAUCCUAAUAAUUCUGAUUAAGUUGUUCCAGAAUUUGAAGGAUCAUAAAUAAAGUAAUAAUAAGAAUAAUAUUAAAAAUAAUCCACACAUUAAUAAUAAUAAGUUUAUUAAAACCAAACAUCAAAUUUGAAUUCAUAAAAAUAAUAAUAAUAUCCAUAAUAACCAUAAACAUAGUACCCAUAAUAACCAUAAUAAUAAUAUCCUUAAUAACCACUAUAGUAUCCAUAAUAAUCAUAAUAGUAUCCAUAACAAUAUCCAUAAUAAUUUUAAUAACCUUCUUCUUAAUAAGGAAUGACUGGGUCUUAACAUUAAUAAGAUUAUGGUAUGUAUCCUCCUUAUCCUUAAAUGAACAAUUCAUAAUAAUAUAAUCAAGUAUAUUAGUAGCCACCAGCUUAUGUACCACCAGCUUAUGUACCACCAGCUUAUGUGCCACCAGCUUAUGUGCCACCAGCUUAUGCGCCAAAUUAUUAAUCUUAACAAACUCAAAAUUUAGCAUAAGAGAGAGCAAAAUUAACAAUCUAGAAAUUGGUGAUCGCAAUAGAAAAAUAUAAGAUUAAUAUUUUUGAACUAUUCAGAAAGUACGAUAAAACAGACUCAUAGACAUUAGAUGUGAAAGAAUUUGGAAUAAUGCUUAGGUAAAGUAAUUAAAACAUAAAUAAAAUAGAAAAAUUGAUAGUUAAUUGACAGACCAAGACAUUAAUUAGGCAUUUUGGGUUUUUGAUGUAGAUAGAAGUCAAGAAAUCACUUUCAAAGAAUUUUAAGACGGAAUUCUUAUGCAUUUAAAUUAAUGGAAAGCUCAAAAUUAAUAGAGCAAUUCAGGAUAUCCAUAUUAAAAAUAUUGA